AUGUUCACCGUCCCCGCCAGCGGCUGCAGCGCCGCCCUCGCUCACCUCAACACCAGCGACAUCUCCGAAGACGGGAAGAGCCUCGUCAACCCUGUAUCAAAAACUCGGAGUCAAGCGUACGAACACUUCGUGGAACCGAUCGAUAAUGGGAGACGAGGGGGGUUUGAUGUGCAUAUCUACUACCUGCAAACCUCCCCCUCUGAGACGAAAUUCGCUGCUGAGUUGCAUGAGAGGAUAAGGCGGGAGUUCCCCGAGCUACGAAUAUAUAAGCUCUUCGACCGCCCCAUCGGCCCGCACCCCCUAGCAAUGUUCGAAGUCAACGUCUUCUCCCCCGCGCAAUUCGGCGCUUUCAUCCCGUGGUUGGUGAUUAACCGUGGCCCCCUCAGCGCGUUGAUCCAUCCGAAUACGGGCGAUGAUGUGAGGGAUCAUACGCAGCGCGCGACGUGGAUGGGGCAGGCGUUGCCGUUGCAGGUGGGGGUGUUGAGGGGGUUGGUGGAGGAGAACGGGAAUGGGAAUGGGUCUUGA